GUGUUUUUGUUUUUUAUUCGUGUCUUAUCCAAAUGGUGGAAUUAUUAAAAAUAACUAAAGAUAUUCUGUAGCCGUCGUAGGUCAUUCAUGUAAAAACCUCCAUCCAUUGGUUAAUGACAUGACCUCAUCCAUUCCGUUUUUCUCUGUGCAGCCUGGUUGUGUACUGCUGGACCAUCAGCGGGCAGUCAUCAGCUCCCUGCAGUACUUCAAGGCCGUGGUAGACAGACUGGGUGUGGACACACCUGGAGGGAACAAACAGGUCCUGGACCAGACAGUGGUGGGAAAUCUGGUGGGCGGUACCUCCACGGACGUGUUGGAGGCGGUCCAGACUCUGGUCCGUCUAGAGCCUCACCUGAAGACCAGCAAAACUAUCUCCACCUGUCUCACCAGUCUGUACCAGUCUCUGGCUCAGCUGAUUGGCUGGGCAGACCAGGUUCUCCUGCAGGGGUGCAUCUCCCAUGAAGAUGAGAAGGCGACGGCCGGUGUUACCACAGUGAUCAGAGCAGUGUUGGACAAGGUCAAGGAUCUGGUUCGAUUUGCCGGAGAGAGACAGGACGGUUGUGUCCCACUGUCCCCUGUCCUGUCAGAACCUGACGUGGAACAAUGGGGAGAUGUUGAUGACCAGGAGUCCUGGAGCUGCAGUAGUCCUGCAGAGGAACUCACAUCCCCCCCACCAAAACCUCAAAUGCCCUUCUUUCAGCUGCAGUUGGGUCCUGGUCCUGGACCUCCAGCCCUGCCUCCUAAAAAGCGUUCAUCCUCAGGUAAACCCCCCUGCAGGGUUGCCAUCGUUGCACCAAUGAGACGAGAACCUGAAGCUAACACACAGACACAGGAGUGUGACGACGACCCUCUGAAACGACGUUCUUCUUGCACAGACUCAUCUGCUGAAGUCAUACACUGUGACUCAGAGGUGAUUCAGGAGGCAGACCCAGACUACCAGUUCCUCCAUACGGACCUCUCCUGCUUUGACGCUCUCCCCCCGAUUCUUUUGCCGUUGACAAUCCCUCCUGCGCUGCCUGAGAAAAAAAGAUGCAACACAGCGGACACGACCAACUCUCAGACCACAAAUUAUUUCGAGUCUGACCUCACAACCCAAGAACUCAAAGAGUGUACAGAUCCCGAUGACACUGUAACGUCCCCCCUGUCCCCUGUGAAGUCCCCGCCCCCCCUUCCUGAGAAGAAACGACACAUCCACCAGUACCUGAAGAUCUGCUCGUCGUACAGCGCUCAGUCUACGGCCAUGUUCUACCAGACCCCGCAGACCUUCGGUCUCAGUCACAGCCCCAAAGAGCUGCUGGUGGACACCAGUAACCAGCUGAUGCAGACACACCUGGAGACCCAGCCGCUGCCCGACUCAGACUCCAACACCCCUCCUGGUUUAUCCUGUGCUCCAGCUCUACCACCAAAGAAGAAACAGCAGGUAUUAGCGGGCACUAAAUCUGAGCCAUCUCUGUCCGUGCGCUGCUGA